UUCUCCGUCUUUCGAACCGUCUCAGUUGUCGGUGAGGCCGGCGGGGCGGAUCCCACACUAGAGUGAAAGAGAAAAUAAAGCAACACAACAAUAAUAACAACUCGGCCUUUUCGUACAUUUCGCUAGCAAGCUCCCCUGUGGAUAUAUCACAUCAAGAUGCCCUCAGCAAUGAAUGCAAAUAGGACAGUGCAAUCUGCCAGCCCAGAUGUGGGAUCCGCUCCAGGGUCAAUGGGCAAUUUUUCACUCUGUGGACACUCUGAAGUCUUGAAGCAAGUGCUGUGUGUUAUUGACAAGAAGGUCCGCAACAUGGAAAAGAAAAAGAGCAAACUGGAUGAUUAUCAAGUCAGGAAGAACAAAGGGGAGGGUCUCAACCAGGACCAGCUGGAAGCACUCGCCAAAUACCAGGAAGUCAUGAAUAACUUGGAGUUUGCCCGAGAAUUGCAGAAGACGUUUAUUGCUUUGGGACAAGAUAUCCAGAAGGUGGUGAAGAAGUCUGCACGGCGGGAGCAGCUGCAGCGGGAGGAGGCAGAGCAGAGGAGGUUGAAGACAGUCCUGGAACUACAGUUCCUCCUGGACCGGCUGGGCGAAGACACUGUGAGACAGGACCUGAAGCAGGGAGUCGCCGGCAUACCGCUGCUGACAGACGGAGACCUCGCAGCUUUUGAUGAGUUCUACAAGUUAGUGGGGCCAGACCGUGACCAAAACGUCAGGUUGACUGACCAGUAUGAAGAUGCAUCUGUGCACCUCUGGGACCUGCUAGAAGGGAAGGACAUGGUUGUGGUUGGAACAACAUACAAGGCACUGAAAGAGACUUUGGACCAGGUUCUGCUGAGCGGGUACUUUGACCGGAUUCCAUCUCACCAAAAUGGAGUGUGCGAGGACGAAGAAGAGGAAGAGCCAACCGCAGCAGCAGCAGUAGCUGAAUCGUCAGAAGCAGAAGAGCAGACUGUUGAUCCAGAAACUGAAAUAAUUGAGGAAUUCACAGAACCCAUUGCGGUGGAAACAACAGAGUUUGUAAACAGACAGUUCAUUCCAGACGGCACAUAUAGCGGCAGUGAGAAGGAGCAGGGGGAUGAGUGGACCAGGGAAGCAGAGGCCGUUGGUGCCUUGCAGCAGCAGCAGCAGCAGCAGCAGGCGGUGCAGCCUGCAGCUCCCCCCGUCGCCCUGGAAACCCACCCCAUGAACCUAACGUCUCCUGCACCACCUACUGACCCCAUGGUCAGGAAGCAGGUGGUGCAGGACUUAAUGGCACAGAUGCAGGGAACUUACAACUUCAUGCAGGACUCCAUGUUGGAGUUUGAUGGACAGGCCAUUGAUCCAGCAAUUGUAUCAGCGCAGCCCAUGAAACCUGCUCAGAGCAUGGACGUACCGCAGAUGGUGUGUUCUCCAGUUCUCCCUGAGUCCCGGUUAUCGCAACCCAACUCCGUUCCUGUCCAGCCUGAGCCCACACAAGUCCCCAUCGUCUCCCCGACACCGCCCCCCAUGUAUCAGACCUCACACACGCCAGACCCUCGACCGUCAACAGAACCCAUUGACACUAUUCAGACCUCCAUGUCCUUGUCGUCAGAACAGCCUCCUCCCUCCACAGCUCUCCCUCCUGCCUCUCAGACGCAGGUUUUCCAGCCAGUUUCCAAAGCUCCUCACAGCAGUGGCAUCAAUGUCAACGCAGCACCAUUCCAGUCAAUGCAGACAGUGUUCAACCUUAAUGCCCCAGUCCCGCCGGCUAAUGAGACCGAGGCUUUGAACCCGGCCAGCCAGUACCAGAACAGCUACAACCAGGCCUUCAGCGGCCAGUCACAGCAUCCUGUGGAGCAGACGGAGAUGCAGUCAGAACAACUGCAGUCUGUGGUUGGUGCCUUCCAUUCCCAAGACCCAUCGGGAGGCCAUCAGCAGCCUUCCCAGCAGGGCCCAGGGUUUGGCAGGCAGACUCAGUCCUUCUAUAACAGCAGAGGCAUGUCUCGUGGUGGACCUCGCAACGCCAGGGGCAUGAUCAAUGGCUACAGAGGCUCGUCGAAUGGAUUCAGAGGUGGCUAUGAGGGUUAUCGUCCUCCUUUCGCCAACACUUCAAACUCUGGAUAUGGACAAACUCAGUUCAACACACCUCGGGAUUAUUCAAACGGGAACUACCAGAGGGACGGUUACCAACAGAACUACAAGCGCGGUGCUGGCCAGGGCCCCAGAGGAGUGUCAAGAGGCAGCACUCAAGCAAUGCGAUCCUGAAAAGGCCUUUCAUAAUGACUGUGACUGAUUUACUUGCACCACACGGAAAAUUCAAGAAUGCAUUUGCCCCUGCUCACUCAUGCUCUCUUUUGUUUGUUCUUCAUCAGUGGUAUUUUUCCAGUCUCUUCAAUCAAAGUAAUGCUUGCUUUGAUAAUUGGAAAUAUUGAAUCAUUUAAAGUUUAAAACACAAGCUAAGCUGUACAUCCAAUCAUUGAUUACACAAGCCAUGUGUUUCAAUAUUCCUGUAAACUUGAAAGAUUUCAUAAGUUAUUUUUUUGUAUAAAAAAAAUGCACCUGCCACUGCUGGUCCAAUCCUUGGGAGUUUUUUUCCCCCUUUCUCAGUUCUUUUCUGUCAUUUUGGUUCUAAAAAACGUUUUAUGUUCGACGAGCUCCCGUUUCCUUGUUUGUAAAUUGAUGUUGCUUCAAGAGUUUCAAUAAAGUUGUGUUGCAUA